UUUUUGUUUUUAUUCAUACUAAUUUUAAUAUUAAGUUGGUUAUAUAAAAAGGAAGUCUUGAAUGGGUGACUCAAUGCCUUUAGUUCCUUGAAACAGUGGUUCUGUCAUUUCUCUUAAAACCCUGUAGUGAAAUUAGAAAUGUGGACUGCCCACUGAACGAAAUUACAGUAAGCUGAUACAUUUGAGUUUUACAAGAAAUGGCAGAGUUUACUUGAUAGCAUUCCAUCUCAAAUACUGUGGAGUGGUUUACCAAAACAAAUGGCGACUGUGGACAUAUAGUAGGCAUCUGUGAAGACCUCGAGUUGACUGGGUUGCUGCUAAUUUCUGGCUCAGAACAUCAGGAUUUUCAGGAUUCUCUUCACCACUCCUGCUGCUGCCUCCAUCCCUAACCACAUCCCUCCACCACUCCUCUUGUGUGUCCUGAAUGUUGUCCAACAGGCAAAACUGCCUGUGUUGCACUCUGACUUUGGGUAGGAACAGCUGUUCAUGCCUGUUUACAUGCACAAGUGUGUGGCCCACUCUCUUUGUGGGUGUUUCCCUCCCAUUUCCUCUGUGACACUGUCAUGCAAUCAAACACCGGGGUGACUUUAGGACCCAGUGACAGCAGACACCUAGGAGGCGCGGCAACGUUUUUAAUAGGAGCACAGAACCUGUUAGCUUACUCUUGCUUCCUCUAAGACAGUUUCACAGUUUCCUCACAAUAGUUCCUUGAUGUGACAGUCGCAAUAGAGAAGUGCUCUGUGUAGCAACAACAGAAGUGCCACAGCCCUGAACCCAAGCCUUGGCGACCGUACUCCAUGACCCGUGGACGAGGACCUUUGUGUCCUGACAUGCCUGUGAAAGGUGCCCUAUCUCAGGCAGUGCAUAGCCAGCCAUGGAUCAGCAGGCCUGGAUACUGAGGAGCUUACUGGUCGAGCUGGAGAGACAGGAGGCUGCAGAUGAUGAGACACUGAAUGGCAUUGCUGCAGAGUUUGCCAGGUUGAAAAGCCAGUCAACCAAGUACCGCACUGACAAGACCUACCCCACCAAGACAGCAGAAAAGCAGGAAAACAUCAAGAAGAACAGAUACAAGGACAUUGUUCCGUUUGACCACAGCAGAGUAAAGCUCACUUUCACCACAACUAAAAAUGACACCGACUACAUCAACGCCAGUUUCAUCAAGGGAGUGUCAGGUUCGAGGGCAUACAUUGCUACUCAGGGCCCUCUGCCCCACACAGUACUGGAUUUCUUGAGGAUGCUUUGGGAAUACAACAUACAGGUUGUAGUGAUGGCCUGUCGAGAGUUUGAGAUGGGGAAGAAAAAAUGUGAGCGCUACUGGCCACAGAAACAAGAGCAGCCCUUUGUUUGUGAGCCUUUUACAGUUUACUGUGAUUCUGAGGAAAGUAGAGGAGAUUAUUUGACAAGGAUGUUAAGGAUCACUUACCGCAAUUCUAGCCGAACUUUGAAACAGCUGCACUAUGUCAACUGGCCAGAUCACGGUGUACCAGACUCCAUCCCUCCCAUUCUGGAAAUGUUGCAUGAAAUGCGUUCCUAUCAGGCUCAUGAUGACAUCCCUAUCUGCAUCCACUGCAGUGCUGGCUGUGGUAGAACAGGAGCCCUGUGUGCCAUUGAUUAUACAUGGAAUCUCCUGAAGAAACAGAUGAUCAGUCUAGGUUUCAACAUCUACGACUUAGUUCAAAACAUGAGAACCCAGAGGCCUUCCGUGGUUCAAACCAAGGAACAAUAUGAGCUGGUGUACAGAACCAUCAAGUUACUGUUUCAGAGACAUUUGCAGUCCAUGGAUGCACAGACCAGCAGAAAUGAGGUGACAAUGGUCCCAUCUGCCAUCACACCUGACGCUGAACAUGACCUCUUGGAUCUGAGUGAUGAGUUGGAAUUGAUGCCACAAUUCCAGAACCUGCUGGAUGAGGAGAGGGAUGUUUUAGCACAAUACCACACAUCCUUGCCGUUCACAUCAGAAAAUCACAUUGCCUUGACAGCCAAGGGCGAGCUGAUGGAACAGCAGCAAUGGCAACAUGCCUUUUCUGAUACUUGGGCCACCACCCAAAACCCACUGGAGGGACCCAGGACCUCACCCAAACUGGUGCAUGUGAGCCAGAGAGCCCCUGCAGUACAAGAGAGUAUACAGGAGAGUGAUGACAUACCGUCACUGAACCCUCCACCUGCACCAGCUGUGGCAGAAGCCAUUUGUCUGAUGGUGGAGGACCCCUACUUUGACAAUCCUAUGAGCUCCCCUUCGUCAGAUGGAGUACCCAUGAACCCCUCUGAGGACGCCAAACAAUGGACAGAUAGCCCUAUCUUCAGCAAACCCUUGCUGUGUCUGAAUGAACAGACUCUGGAGUUUACCUCUCCUGUCUCAGGUACUAUUGAAGCUCAUACAGAUGAGGAUGAACCUCCUCCACUUCCUGAACGAACCCCUGAAUCCUAUGUGCUGGCUGUGGACACAGAGCACUCAGAUCCCUGUGAAAGGUUAUCAGUUAUCAUUCCACCUAAUGCUGCUGCUGAGGCUGUCAGGGAGUUGGGAGGCAGCCCCCCGUCACCUGUCCCCCCACUUCCAGAGAGAACCCCAGAAUCAUUUGAGUUGGCUAUUGAUCAAGCUCCUGUGGAGCAGAACUUAGAGGUCAGGCCAGCAGUGAACCUAAACAGAAUAGGAAUGUCUUCAGAAUGGUCUGGUAACUCAAAGCCAGCUGCCAAUGCAUCUGACAAUGAGACAAAACCUUGGGUGAGGAGUAAGAGUUUGAAAGCAAACCUUACCUUCAAAGUUACAGCACCAGGAACACAUCUUGAUCUUACAUCAAAUACAACUUCAAACCUCCAUCCUAUCUAUCCGCCUCUGGACCAACUCACUCCUUCGCUGCUUUCUCACUCUGAAGACAGUCUGACUCCUCCCCUUCCUGACAGAACCCCAGACUCCUUCAUCCCCAAAACAGAAGAGACAGUUCAUGAGGAAACUGCCCUCUGUCCACUGCCCUUAGAAACCACACAGCCCUCACCAAGGGUAGGCAUGUCAUCUGAGUGGGAUGGCACUUCUCAGCCCAAGAAAUUCCUCGAUGUUGUCAUGACCAGAAGCAAGACUGUUAGAGCUAAAAGUUCUAAACAAGAGCCCCUUAUUGCAGUUCGGCAGCUCGCUCCACCUCCUGUGGUCGUGGCUGGAGCAGGAAGUGCACAAGUGGGACAGCAUGAUGUGAACCACAGGUCCUCCAUGAAUGCUGAGACACCCGGAAACAAAUCAGACAAAAGCAACGAGAAGGGGAUGUCUAGAACAAAGAGUCUGAAGUUUUUUAGACACAAACAAAAACCUAAAAUUGCUCCUCCACCACCUCCUGAUCAACCUGGAACACCACCUCCAACAUAUGGUGCCUCGUUUUCAGUAUUCAAAUUUGGAUUUGGGAACCGUUUUGGUAAGCCAAAAGGCCCCAGGAGUUACCCAGAGACUUGGAUUUGAUGCAGCCACCCCUCUCUAAACAUCAAAGGUAGAGCUGUUCUUCUAACAAUGAUUGUAAUACUUGCAUCGCUAAAGGACUUCAAGAUCACAUACAGUGGCCUUGAAAAGCACCAAAGACUGCUUCUUUUUGUCUUGCACAGCACAGUAGCACCCUCAGCAGAGAACAAACAGAAAGUGUCUCAUUACCAGCUUUCAUGCAUUUUGUACUGUAUAUGAACUAAAGUUGAUUUUAACUACUGACCAGUGCCUCAUUGAACAACAUGGACAGCCACUUGGACCAAUGAUUUGAACAUUUAAUUAAAAUCUCAGGAGUGUCUCUCUAUGGAGUAAUAUGCAAUCUGCAGUGAGAAAUUUUACACCUCUUGUUCAAGGCAAUGCUGUUAAACUUACUGUAUGAGAAAUAUAUUUAGUUGUGUGUGUGUGUGUGUGUGUGUGUGUGUGUGUGUGUGUGUGUGUGUGUGUGUUUGUGCUUUUGGCAUGAAAUAAGAAAAUGGGUAUAACUUUGCAUCUAGUUCAUCAACAUAUCAGUUUUUUUCUGUUAUAAAGACAACACACUUUGUAUCAUUCAGACUAUCAUGUGUGUCAUUUAGUUUUGUUUCUAUGCCAUAAUUCACACACUCAUCUGUAGUUUUUAAGUAAUUUUAAAAGCAUCUUUUAAAAGCAUCAAACAUGUGAAAAAGCAUAUCUUAAAGUACAGUGAAUGUGAUGCAUAUUGAAUAUGCAUAUAAUGUAACUGUCCAUUUAAACUGUGUUACAUAAACUGGUUACACACAAAAUUAUUUAUUAAAAAUAUAGAAAGUC